UCGAUCUGUGUUCCAAUCAAACGGCCCGCGUUCCCCUAAAGCCCUCGAGGACGCCGACCCCACCAUGCCCCGAAUCGAUCGACGCGAUGCUUCCGGCGCUGCGGCUUCGCCGCCGGCUCCUCUUCACCCCUCUCAGCCGCCUCUUCUCCUCAUCCUCCUCCUCCACCGCCGGCAAGGGAGGUCUCCCCGUCGACGCCGCGGCGGCGGCCGCGGCGAGGGCGCGGGCAGAGGCAGCGGCGCAGGUGAGGAUGGAGGCGUACAAGCAGGUGCAAAACUUCGACUGGAGCAGCGGUGCCGACUGGAAGACUGCAGCCAACAUCCUCUUCAACGUUCCCCCCAAGCGCAAGGAGUUCGGGCUUGAUUUUCACCUUGUGCAGCUCUUCUUUGUCUGCAUGCCCUCACUAGCUGUCUAUCUAGUGGCCCAGUAUGCACGAAGGGAGAUCAAAAGGAUGGAGGCGGAAGCAGAAGAGAAAAGGAAAACAGAUGAGGAACUUGAGAAACAAAAACAGCUUGAGGAGGAAUCUGCUAAGGAGGAUGCUGAUUCAAAGCUUUCAAAGGUAUUACUCAGGUUAUAUACACUAGAGGGGGUUGUUAAGGAAUUUGUGGAUGACAAAGGGAAAAUUUCUUCUUCUGAUUUGCACACCAAAGAGGAGGUUGCGAAGAAUAGUGAAACAUCUCCAGGAAAGGCUUCUUAUUUGAAAAGCAGUGCAAGUGAUAGUCAGCCGGUGACAGUCAAGAGUAAGGACAUCAAUGGUGUUGCAAAUGCUCCAACAAAUGCUACACAACCAACCAGUAAGGGGGAUGGAGACAAGGCAUCAGGUGAUCAACCCAAGAGUUGAUAAAUCAUGUUCCUUUUUGUUGUUUAGAGCGAUCCUUGUAGGCAUCAAUCAAUUUUUUAUUUUCUGAAGCAGUGAAUUUGUCAAGGAGUCAUUGCCUGACAAUACAAUACGGUCACUACCUGACCGUACAAUACAGUGGGCCAAGCUUCAACGCAAAUGUAACACCACGCUCCUAUAACUAAAGCAUAAUUUAGCCAAAAUUUAAAAUUUUGGCAGCA